AUGGCUUUGGAAGACUUUGAGAAAGAACUCGCAGAAAGCCAGCGUGAAAGGGAGAAGGAAAAGGAAAGAGAGAAACGGCGAGAGAGGCACAGGGAACGGAACCGGGAUCGAGACCGUGAUCACAGGCGACACGCCGAUCGAGAGAAGGAAAGGGACAGAGGAAAGGAAAAGGAUAGCGAGUCAAAUAGGGACGAAGCGCGAUCCAGGCAUCACCAUGACCGGCAUCAUCACCAUCGAUCGUCGAGGCACGGCGGCAAUCACUCCGACGAAGAGCGCAAACACCGUCAUAAGCGAUCGAGACACCAUUCCUCGAGCAAUGGAGACGAUCGAGACCGGAGCCACAAGCGAAGGCAUAGACACGAGUCUCGCGACGAGAAGGACGAUGAGAGGUCGAGAGAACAGGCGGAACCAAGUGUGAUUGAGCAAGAAGAACCGUCCAGACUAAAACGAGAUGCGUGGAUGGAAGCGCCCUCUGCUCUGGACAUCGACUUUGUCAAUCGACGAAAGCAAAAGUCACCAUCGCCCAAGGCGAAGAUGCUGCAGGCGGACUUUGAAUACAAGCUACAUGAGAAGGAACUGAAUCGACAUUUACAUGACGUCCAGGAGACCGAUCCUGAGCGUGCCGCAGUCAAAGAGCCGGCGGAACACGAGGUCGAUUACGAAUUUGGGGAUGCUGGGUCACAGUGGCGGAUGACAAAACUUAGGGCAGUCUACAGGCAAGCGGAAGAGGAGGGCCGGAAGGUUGAAGAAGUUGCCAUUGACCGAUAUGGCGACCUUCGCUCGUUCGACGACGCUCGAGAGGAGGAAAUCGAACUUGAUCGCCGAGAGCGAAUUGGCAGUGAUUAUGUUGGAAAGAUCAAACCCAGCGGGGAGCUGUACCAGGAGCGGAAGCUCGAAAUGGGCGUGAGGAGGGAGAAAGGCGCUGCUACUCGUGAAGAGGAUAUCCAAACCGCUCCGAAUACAGAGAGAAUGGAAACAGAUCCGCCAGCUCAGCUAACUAAGCCACUGGAUACGACAGCUUUGAACCGGCUGAAAGCCCAGAUGAUGAAAGCUAAAUUACGAGGUUCUUCUGAUGCCGGGGAUUUGGAGGCACAAUACAAUGCAGCGGUAGCAGCAGCAGCAGACCGAAAAGAGCCAGACGUCGUAGUCCUCGGGGUGAUGGAUAAUCGAAUGUUGGCCGGCCAGAGGGCCGAAGCGAAGCCUAUAGAAAAUAAGAGGGGGCGAGAGAGGGGUCUUGUGCAGGAUAACGAGGAUAUGAGCAUCGAAGACAUGGUUCGCGAAGAGCGGAGAACGAGAGGGCAAGCUGGUGGUGAAGGGAUGCGAUUUGCUGAGCGGAUCGCCAAAGACGCAAAAUUCGACAACGACCUCGAAUAUAUGGACGAAAAUGCAGCCAAGCUGGCGAAACGAGUGCAGCGCUCCGAAUUGAACAUCAAGAAUACCGCCAUCAAUGAGUUCCAGAAGAUGAACCGCAUCCUGGAUAACUGCCCAUUAUGCCAUCACGAGGAUUCAGAUACUCCGCCCACUGCGCCGAUGGUGUCACUGGCGACGAGAGUCUACCUCACGCUCCCCACGGAGCCUGAACUGAACGAGGGAGCAGCUUGCAUUGUUCCCAUUCAGCACCGGACGAACUUGUUGGAGUGCGACGACGAUGAAUGGGAGGAAAUCCGCAAUUUCAUGAAAUGUUUAACGAGGAUGUACCACGAUCAAGGACGCGAUGUUAUCUUCUACGAAAAUGCUGCUCGGCCACAGCAAAAGCGUCAUGCCGCGAUGGAGGCGGUUCCGCUUCCCUACAGCCUCGGAGAGACCGCACCGGCGUUUUUCAAAGAAGCCAUUCUCGCAGCCGACGAGGAAUGGACCCAGCACAAGAAGGUGAUCGACACGCUCGCCAAAUCCCGUCAGGGCCUGGGGAAACUGGCUUUUCGACGAACAUUAGCAAAGGAGAUGCCGUACUUCCACGUUUGGUUUGAACUGGACGGCGGGCUGGCUCACAUCGUCGAGGACAGUAAUCGCUGGCCACGUGGAGAUUUGUUUGCGCGUGAGAUCAUUGGCGGAAUGCUAGAUCUCGAGCCGGAUGUGAUUAAACGGCAAGGCAGAUGGCAAAAGGGUGGUGAUCGGAGAGUGGACGGGUUUAAGAAGCGAUGGCGGAAGUUCGACUGGACGAGGGUCCUCGCAGAGGGAUAG